CCGACGAGGGCGCCACUCUGUGUCUUGUGCUUUCUGUUCUUCCGAGUAUGUGGGUCCAGGGGCUCAGACCCAUAUACUCCAUCAGGAGUCCCCCACUCUCUAAGCUGAGACGUAGGCGAAGUGAAGGAGAGUAGAUUCCCGUGGUCACUAUCUCCGACGAGAAAACUCAUUUGCUUUCUGAGUUUUGUCGAAGUGCUGCCCGGAUUUCUAGAGAGAUAAACUCUGAAGCUUGUUCUUCGUGUUCUUCGUUUGUUCAAGGUUAGUGUUCAUCGAAAUCCUCUCUGUACUUUGCAUGUUUUGCUUCCUAGGCUAGUGAUCUAGUGUUAGGCCCUUGAGUAUCCUUAGAUCUUGAAGUAGGCUGCAGUAUAUUCGAGAUAGUGUUUAAGAUGAAAAACCUCAACGAAGAGUACUAUCCUUAUGACGACGAGCCCUCUGCCCAGUCCCUUGAUUAUGACCUUCUCGAGGAGUUCUGUGAGGAGAUUGAGAAUCUGAGCUCGUUCCGUACCGGGGAGCCGGCCGAAGAGGACCAUGCGGACGAGGGGUCUGCGUCAUCGUCUGGGGGUGAGGACGCGGGGGUCUCUCGAACUGCUGAUGGGGCAUCCACGUCGGCUGCCAUCCCCUGCCCUAAACCUGUGUCUGCUGUGAAGGGCGUUGCACCGCCGAGGAGGGUUAGGAGGCCGAAGAGAGGGCCAGCCUUUUCUCACCUUGAUUUGACGAACGUCUAUGUCAUCAGGCCGCAGAGUAAUGCGGGGGAAUACUUGGUCGCCCAAAUGUAUGUGGGGGCGUACGGCAGGGUUAGGGCCCCCAGGCCGACGGACCAUGUCCUCAAUCCCCCCCGGGCUACUUCGGAGUGUACCCGAUGAGCUUUGCUAAAGGGCUUAGGUUUCCGCUUCAUCCUUUUAUCACUGAGUACCUGGAUAUGGUGGGGCUCCCUCCGGCCUUGUUGACGCCGAAUAGCUACUCCCUCAUCGUCGGCUUCAUCCUGCGGUGUGCUGAAUUGGACUUCAGGCCGACGACGGCGCUGUUUAUGAACUUAUAUCAGAUAGGCCGUGGGAGUCAUCAGAACUGUGCGUCGUAUGCCACCCUUCAACAACUUCCCAAGAAGAGGAGUUUCAUAGACCUGCCGACGUCCAUCCAUGGGUGGAAAGGGAAGUUUGUGUUCGUGUCUCUGGGCGAGGGGGGCACAGAGUUUCCCUCCGUCGGCCACACAGGCCGUUUUAAUCUUCAUGAUGCGCCGAGGAGCUCCAUCCUGGAUGCUCAAGUUGAGGCCUUCCUGGAGGGGGGGCCGAGGAGUGUGAAGACAUAUAUUACCGAGUACAAGAUGGCCGCCCUCGGCUUUGUACGGUAUUUUGUGUAUGGUGAUCUCGACGAAGAUGUGGAGUUGUGGCCGAAGAUGACCACGUCCUACGAGGAGGUUGAUGGUCCCGAUCUGGGGGUGCCAGCUGAGGCCGAUGGUUUUGUGAUGGACCGCAUGUCGUUCAUGAAGAGGGCCCAACUCAAAGCGGCCGAGGAGCUGAAGGCCCAACAACCUGGGGCUACUGCUGCGGCCAAGCCGCCGGUGCAGCCGAAGAAGAAGAGGCAGGCCGAAGAGGGCCAGGAGAAGUUGACGGAGGUGGGAAUGAAGCCUCCCAAGAAGUCAAAGAGGGCUUCUUCUACCGGCGAUGAUGGGACGUCGGUUGUUCCUUCUGGGGAUGGGGAGGGUUCAAAUCCUGAUGCUAUGGUGGACCACCCUUCAGGCCCGUCGUCCACCACUAUUUCCACUAUUCCUGCUCCCUCAACGGCCGCCCGGAAGAAAGGGUCCGGCCGAGAGCUGGUCAGAGGGACCUAUAAGCUCGAGGUAGAGUACCCCGUCAAAGGGGGGCUGUUCAAUGAAAUCGUUGACGGCCACGAGGUGAUUUCUCAGGCCAUCCCUGAUGAAGACCGGGCUUAUCUGAAGAAGCUCGGCCACGUGAAGAUGUACGAUGGUGGGAUGGACCACGUCGUCCAAGUAAGUAACCGUGCACGCUUCGUCUUACUUUCUUCGCCAUUUUUUGUUGCAAAGUUGUCUAACUUAUUUUUACUGCAGGGUGCCUUCAUGUUGAUGGAGAACAACAGGAGGCAACAAAAAGAGAUUGCCCGUCUGAGGCAAUUUGAGCAGAAGGUUGCCUCAGCCGAUGAGGCGCUAGGCAGCUUAGAGAGGCUGCGUCUUGAGGUUGAGGGCCUUAAGAAGAGGGCCGACGAGGCCGACCAGUUGGCCGCUGAGAAGGAGGGGGCUCUCCAGCGCUUGGCCGACGUGGAGCGUGCCCGCGAUGAGGCCCUUCAGCGCGCCGAGGAGGCCGAGAAGGGCAAGGCUAGUGCAGAGUUGGCUCUCGUCGCUGCCGAGGAGAAAGCCGCUGAUGCCGCUGUGCAGAAGUUUAUUGAAGUCGGUUGGAAGGACGAGGGCCGACUUCCAUUCUGUUUUGAGGUCGUGACGGCCAGACUCGUUGACUGGGUGAACCAAUCCCCCGACGGCCAGGCCUAUUGGGAGAAGGAGAUGAAGGUCUUUUAUGACCUUGGCCAAUACCGGAUGCAACGGUUGUUGUACAGGAGGCAGCAACGGCGUUUCAUGGAUAUCGGUGUGUCCAAAGAGUGGGCCGUCGGUCUCGAGUUGCCUCCUUUGAUGAAG